ACUGUGUUGUAACCUACCUACUUUUAUCCCAUUUCUUUGAGUAAGAGUUGUAGAAGAAAGACUGGAAGACAUGUUGCGGUUGUUUCUAAUUUCUUCUGUCUUCUUCCUGCCCAGUGCGUGGGGCCAGAGCAACAGCAAGUUAGAUAUGGUGGUGGAGGCCCGUAACAUCACCCUCCCAGCCGGGACCCAGGCCGUGCUGCCCUGCCACAGCCCCCGCAUGAUAUGGACCCGGGACCGGCUGAAGGAUCGCCAGAGGGUGGUCCACUGGGACCUGUUCCGGAGCACACCAGAGUACUCUGUGGAAAGGAUACUGGACAUGUCUGCUGGCGUCAAAGAGAGAGUCUACAAUGGGUUCAACAAGGGCCGCAUAACCAUCCCCAAAACCGCCUUCACUGACGGGAACUUCUCCCUCGUCAUCAACAAUGUAGGAACAGCUGAUCGAGGUGUUUAUAGUUGUAAUCUGCAUCACCAUUACUGCCAGCUUCACCAGUCCAUCAAGAUACAGCUCAACACCACCAAGUCAGUCCGUAAGGAGAAGCGUUACUGGGACGGGGACAAGACAGUGUUUGUGGUGUUGCUGGGGAGCUCUGUGGUGUUGCCUUGUGUGAACAGGCGGCCCUUGUGGAUGGAGGGCCAGCAGGAGGACCAGCAGCAGGUAGCCCACUGGGACUGGCAGCCACCUGGGGUGAGACCUGAUGGAGCUGACCGCCUGGUGGACCUUUACGCUUCUGGAGAGCGCCGGCAGUAUGGACCACUCUUCCCUGUGGACAAGAUGAGUGUCUCUGAGGAUGCCUUCUCUGUAGGGGAUUUCUCUCUGACCAUCUCUAAUCUCCAGCCUGUUGACAAGGGCCUGUACUCCUGUCACCUGCACCACCACUACUGCGGCCUGCACGAGAGACUCAUCUACAGGCUCAUGGUGGGGCCUUCACUGCCCCCACCUCCUCCGGUCCUCACCGCUGUCCCUGCUGUCCCUGCUGCCCCUGCUGCCCCUGCUGUCCCGACUGGCCUUGCUGUCCCCCACACACUCCCCAAUGAUGACACAAGCCCUGAUGUGGUUGAACUUGAGAGACCACGGGUAGUCAACGUCAUCCUCCCUGAGUACCCAGGGCACUUCUUCCAGCAGAUGGGCUACUUCCUGGCUACCUUCUUCCUCCUAGCCUUCAUCAUAACAAUCGUCAUUGUGCUUACCCGACGACGCAGAAAGAGAGGGCUGAAGUAUGACCUGCGAAGAUCUGAACGGAGUCAUGUGACUGGCCACGAUGACAUCGCAUUGGAUGCCACAGAGCUGAAGGUCUGCACCCAGGAAUACCCGAAUUCAGACUACAAAAACAACCUACUGAAAGAGAGAGAUAUGUCUAAAAGCUGCAAUAAAGAAAUGGAUGGAAAGUUGUGGAUAUGAGACAGAGAGAGCUGAUAUGCCGCUGGCGGCUCCAGAGCAGACACACAUGACUAGGAAGAGGAAACAAGGGUUUAUAAUGGUGGAAUCCAAAAAAGGACAGGAGGGACUCUCUUUUUAUAGACACCCCUUACCAAACACUCUUACCAAAACGUUUCUGUUGCUGCGCCAGUUUUUAAUAUUUUAUUUCAUAUUUUCAUACUUGUGUAUUCUGUAUUCUGAUCUGCUGUUAUUUCAAGAUGGCUAAACAUGUCUUCAACUUUGUAUUGUACUACAUAGAUAUUUGAUGUCAAGUAUUUUAUAUUACAAAAAACAACCAGUGUGUGCUUUUCAACAUUCCUUGUCUUUUGGUACAUAACAAAAUACUUUCUAUCACUAUAUGACUUCAUUUUCCAAAAGCAUGUUGUCUUUAAAUGUAUGUAGGAAAACUGUCAUGUUCUGUUUUCUGAUUUCAGAACUCAGCAAGCUCAGAAUUAGUUGAGAAUGUUUAUUAAAGUAUUUGCACAAACCUGUAAUUUACUAGUAAUGUACUAGUAACAUUCAUUCUGUGUGUAAAGGGUUUGUAAAGGGUCACAAGUAUUUUAUAGCUAUGCUGUUAAUUAUUAGUUCAUAACUUGCUUAGAAAUCUGUAUUAAGCCUUUAUACCUGUUAUAAUGGUAUUCUUACCAAGAUUCUUGCGAUUGAUGAUCAUGGACCACAAAGAAAGGCUAUACAUGGAAUAAAACUCAGGAAAUCAAGCCUUAAACAGAAUCAAUGCGUCCAGAUAGGGUUGUUGACAAUGUACAGUUGUGGCCAAAAGUUUUGAGAAUGACACAAAUAUUAAUUAAGUUUUCUGCUCCAGUGUCUUAAGAUAUUUUUUGUCAGAUGUUACUAUGGAAUACUGAAGUAUAAUUACAAGCAUUUCAUAGGUGUCAAAGGCUUUUAUUGACAAUUACAUGAAGUUGAUGCAUAGAGUCAAUAUUUGCAGUGUUGACCCUUCUUUUUCAAGACCUCUGCAAACCGCCCUGGCAUGCUGUCAAUUAACUUAUGGGCCACAUCCUGACUGAUGGCAGCCCAUUCUUGC